GGGAGGGACGGCUUGUCGUCGCAUGUGAUUAGUGGGUGUGUGUUGUCUUCCUCCUCAUUCAGUGCGACGUUUUUAUUAAAGUUGUAAGAUGGCGACGGUGCAUCUGAGGAUCGGGGACCUAGUGUGGGGGAAGCUCGGGCGUUACCCACCAUGGCCAGGAAAGGUAGUAAGCCCCCCAAAGGACCUGAAAAAGCCCAGGGGUAAAAAAUGCCAUUUUGUGAAAUUCUUUGGAACUGAAGACCAUGCCUGGAUUAAAGUAGAACAGCUGAAGCCCUAUCACGCUCACAAAGAGGAGAUGAUCAAGAUAAAUAAAGGAAAGCGCUUCCAGCAGGCGGUUGAUGCAGUGGAAGACUUCCUAAAGAAAGCAAAGGGAAAAGAACAGAACUCAGAGGGUAAAGGAGAUUCAAAGGGAAAGAAGACCCCUAACAAGCCACUGAAAAUACUGGAGGAGGAUGAUGAGGAUCUUAGUGCACUGAAGGACCCUUCUGAGAAGGACUUGACUGACUCUGACCCCGAGCCAUCCGCUAUUGAGAGGCUGGGGGCUGGACCUGGCUCAGGAUUCAAAUGGGAAAGCAGUCCUGUAAAGGACGACCCACAUUUCCAUCACUUCCUUCUGAGCCAGUCUGAGAAGCCAGCCUCAUCAAUGGAACCCAUCAGCAAGCGCCUGAAGAUCAUUGAAGAGGACACAGGGUCAACAUCUAUCCAAGCAGCCGACAGCACAGCCAUCAAUGGCAGCAUCACACCCACAGAUAAAAGGAUAGGGUUCCUGGGUCUGGGGCUGAUGGGUAGUGGUAUAGUUUCCAACCUGCUGAAGAUGGGUCACGUGGUCACCGUGUGGAAUCGCACAGCAGAAAAGUGUGACCUGUUCAUUCAGGAGGGCGCCAGGUUAGGCCGGACUCCUGCAGAGGUGGCUUCCACGUGUGACAUCACCUUUUCCUGCGUCUCUGACCCAAAGGCUGCCCGGGAUUUGGUGCUCGGACCCAGUGGGGUGCUGCAGGGAAUCAGGCCAGGGAAAUGCUAUGUGGAGAUGUCCACUGUUGACCCAGAGACCAUCACAGAACUCUCACAGGUGAUCACGUUGCGGGGCGGCCGUUUCCUGGAGGCUCCAGUGGCAGGAAGCCAGCAGCUCUCCAAUGAUGGGAUGCUGGUCAUCGUGGCAGCUGGUGACAGGACAGUCUAUGAGGACUGCAGCAGCUGCUUCCAGGCCAUGGGCAAGACCUCCUUCUUCCUAGGUGAAGCAGGGAAUGCAGCGAGGAUGAUGCUGAUCCUCAACAUGGUGCAGGGCAGCUUCAUGGCCACCAUUGCAGAGGGGCUUACUCUGGCCCAGGCCACUGGCCAAUCACAGCAGACCUUCCUGGACAUCCUGUGCCAGGGCCAGAUGGCGAGCACCUUUGUGGACCAGAAAUGCCAAAAUAUUUUACAGGGCAACUUUAAACCAGACUACUAUUUGAAACAUAUUCAGAAGGAUCUGAGGCUGGCCAUCUCCAUGGGCGACAUGGCCAACCAUCCAACCCCAAUGGCUGCGGCUGCCAAUGAGGUUUACAAGAGGGCUAAGGCACUGGACCAGUCAGACAAUGAUAUUUCUGCAGUCUACCGAGCCUACAUUCACUAGAGUGUGGUGUGGCCUAUCCCCUGGACCAGUCUUUAAUCCCUUCUUAUUUCUCCCUCAUUAUUUACUGAGUUUUAUUUUCAAUUCUAGUUGUUUUCUUUCAUUUAGCCCCAAUGGCAGCCAUGUUACUUGCCCACAAGUCAUCGAUUGUAAUUAAUUUUUUAGAGGAAACCUUGAGCAUUGUACUGACUGUACUGGGGGAAUAUACCCUGUAAUGGUGUGUUCAGAACAAACACGAAGUGGAUUUUGGCCAAAUGUGAGUUUGGCCCCUGGACUGUUUGUGGAGUAACUGGAGACGGCAGAGAAGGGUUGUGCUGACUUUGUUUGUAGUAAAGAAAAAAUGAUGGCUGUAUUCACAUUCGUAUUUUCAGAUUUAACCUGGUCCUCCUACUCUUACUGUUUCUAUAAAGUACAGAUUUAUAAUAGAACUCACUGUCCACAGACGAUGACAAUAAGUUUGUCCAUUUCUUUUGCUCAAAUUGAAAAUGUCUCAAUUUCAGCAAACACAUGUUCAUGUGCACCGGCACAAAUUUGCCUCACUGCUUUGAUUUAGAAUGAAAUCACAGCAUGGGGAAACUAUUUUGAUCUGAACACACCAUGAGAUUGCUCCAAACGAGGUUGUACUACUGCUGUGGGAGCAGUUUGUCUGGUUUCUGACAACUCAAAAAAAGGAAAGUGGUAGAAGUAACGCAGGGUGUUGGGCGAGGUGGUCGGGGCAUUGCUACUGUGAAGAGCAGCGUGUCAGACUCGGUCCAGAGACAAUGCUGUCAGGUAGAGUGGAUACAGAAACCCUAAAGAUUUUUUUUGUUAAUGUGCAAAUGAAGAGUUUAUUUAAUUGAGUGUAAUAUUUGCUUUUCUUUUUAAUCGUCCAGAAUUCCAUGAGAGAAAACACCAAGAACAUGCCACUGCAUUGCCUUAAUAUUGUAACCCCUCAAGUCUUUCAAUGAUAGAUGUAUUUAUUUGUGCUUUUUUCCAGGUCUUCUUGGUGCAGUAUCUAUAUGGCUUGUUUCUGUGUUUGACCACAUGAUGUGUGCUUUUACGUUGGUGUUAUUGAUUACUCUUUCUUGAAGCGGUAAAGGACAGAGCAACAGAUGUGUUGAGGCCUUAAAAUGCAGUAAUAAUUGAAAUGACUCAAGACUUGAGGUUCCCACAUUAGAACCCCUUCAUUGUUUUGUUUGGAAGAGUUCUCAGUUCUACAGUUUUUUUUUUUUUAAUAUAUUAACCUGUAACGAGAUGAAUCCACUUCUUGAGUUGCAUUUUAACUGAAGUUCAUGAUUAAGCCCAAGUGUCAUGUUGUUGUUUCUGCUAAGUUAUAAGUAUAAAUGGCUAAAUUCUGAAGGCCAAGAUUAGAGCAUCAAGGGGCAAAAAUCUCAGAUUAAAAGACCAACUAAUGAAACAGUUUGAUGUGGUUCAGUGGUGGGAAUGUUUCAUUAGUCUUAAAGACUGGCACUGGAAUAAAUAAAACAUCCUCAGUUCACUUGGGACUUUUUAUUGAGGAGCUGUUUUAUCACUCUAGCACACACACAGACAAACAACACUUUAACUUAACUGUUUGUUCCAUUUCCAUAUUGUUACUUUUAUCACUUCUUUCUUACAUCGCCCUCCAAAACACUUCAGGUGAAGUACAGAGAGGGCCCGUUGCUGAUCACAUGACAGAGAGGGUCCAUCUUCACCACACAGUAGAGGUCCUCACAAGUCCACUGGGUUCUUAACAUACAAGACCUGAUUCAGUUCUGGAACCUGACUGAUUGAUACAUCAGCAGUAUUAUCAGCUGAUAAAGGCUCAUUACAGAUUGAUUAAAUCAACCCAUGUCAGUAAAGAAAUACUAAAGGUGUGUUAGAGGUCACUGUUACUGACUCUACGUGAUCUUUGUACUAAUAUAUGCAAAAUACUAUAAAGGGGUUAUCGCAACACAAAUGUACUGAAUUGUUAUUUAAGAAAUCUGUUGCAUGUUCAGAAGCCAAUAUGAGCAGAUCUAUUUUAUGAACUCAAAUGUUUAUGUUGAGAUCUGACCUCUAAAGACUGAUACCGAUGUGCUCUACUUGACUCCAUUUUAUUUUGAGUUUGAUCAGGUUGGAGCAUGUUGUGUUCUUCAAGCCCUCGGCUCUCUGUCAGUAUGUGUCACAUCCCAGUAGAUCCAAGCAGGCUGUUCUGAUAAUAAUAAUUAGUCUGUAACCACAACUUUCAGAGUUCAUGCAAUUUUCCUCAAGUCAUUUACUUUAAAAAUGUAAUUUACGUUCAACAAAUUUUCUGUGGUGGCCUGUUUUGGAAAGGAUUCAAAAUUGUGGACCUGUGAAGACCUCUACGCUGACGCAUGAAUCAUGCCCUAGAUAAGUCUGCAGAUGCACAUGACAAUGUCCAACAUAUGCAGAAAAACAUGUUGUGCAUGCUCUGCCAGAGGUGUUCUAUCCCUGCAGGAAAGAGUUCAGUAACUCAAGGUAUGUGUUGGAAUACUUGCAGAGUGAGUUUGGGGUGUUGCCCCUUGUUCCUUGUUUUGUUUAUCUCGUCAAUUUGGCCAACUCCACCUCAGAUCUAAUCUGCCCCGCGUGGUGUCAGGAAGUAGAUCCAGGACUGGGUCUAUCACACUAUCACGAUACCACUGCAAAUCUGUCAAAUACAAAUAAAAAGAAGAGGAAUGCACAUCAGUGUUCGACCCCACUGUCAAUGUGGGGUUGGUCACUGAGUGAUUCUAAACAGGAGCUAGCUGUAGCCCUGCUGCUCUGCCACUGACAUGAAGACAGUGUGAGGCGUUGGCCCAGUUAGAGGACCCAAACUGUAACUGCCCCCUGCAGGAGAAAAAGACCUCAGUGUUUUGUUCCUUUACUCUUAACAAGUUGAAACUGUAAAUAACUUUCUUAUAGUUUCUCUCAGCAGAAUCAUUGUUUUGUUUUACGUAAAUCCAGAAACCUGUUUUGCCAAACGAGUGAUAUUUAAGGUUUUUCAUUUAGGCUCAGUGUAAAGAAGUGUUUUUAGAAGAUGGAUGUAAAUAGCGUUAGUUUAAGUAGGGUUUAUUUUAUAUCUACAAUAACUGGGAUUAAUGAAAGCAACUUCUUUUUGGUUUUGACUCUACAGAGCGACUAACAUCUUUCUGGCUUAAUACUGUAGAUUGUUAAAGUGUAAUUGGUUUAUUCAUAUGUGGCUUAUUAUUAAUCUGGCUGAUUAUUGCAAUGAAAUGACAAUUACUUGAAUCCUGUUGAAGAAAGGGGGGUGUAACUUUGGUUUUGGGGAAAUGGAUGAUUUUGUGUACAUGUGGAGAUAUCAAGACUUUUGUGCUGUUUAAUAAAUUCUCUCCUGAUUACUGACA